GCCAGUUGUACAAGCACGUUGCGGUCAAGCAGAGAGACAAGCUCACGCGCACACUCACCCCUUCCUCGUACGCGUGUGGCUCUCGAAGAUUUUCGGGCUGUGACGAAUGCGAGGGAGACCAACUGUCGGACAUGGCGUUCCUGCGUGGGUAGUCCAGGCCCCACGACUGCAGAGAGACGCCUCAGCAGUGCAUGCGCUCGGUUAUGUUAGGAGGCGUGCGUUGCCUGGGUCCACCCACGCUUUUGGCCCUUGUGGUGAAGAAGGUAGAGAACAUGGCGGUUACCUUGGUGGCAGAAGGCCAUACCGUCAUGCGAUUCCACCUCUUCGUGCGGGGAUGCCGCUGGGCGAGGAAGGCUCAGCAGUGCACCGGCAUGACGGCACAGCAGGCGAUCCUUGCAGUACCUUGGACGGGGGAAUAGCAAGGACCUUGACGAGAGACGCACGAAGGGAGGACAAGGGACUUGUGAGACAUAGGCUCAGCCCGAUACAAGUGCAGCAGCAAGCUCUGAUAAGGAGGCUACGUACUCUGGAAGCCAGGCGGGACUGGCGAGGGGUGCUGGCGGCCAUGGACUCUGCAAGGAACGAGCAGAUGCCGAUGAGCCGGACGGUUUACAACAAGGCAAUCAUUGCUAUUGCCAAGAGCGGCAGGUGGCGAGAGACGCUUGCCUUGGUGGAGAGUAUGAAGAGUGACGACCUGUCGCCGGAUGUGUACAGUUAUGCCGGCUGCAUCGAUGCAUGUGCGAAAGCUGCGCAAUGGAAGAAGGCGUGCCAGAUACUGGGGCAGAUGCGGGAAGCCGGAGUAGAGCCAAACGGUUAUGCGUUCAAUUCGGCGAUAAACGCCUGUGGCAAGGCCCACAAGUGGCAGGAAGCCCUGGCUCUUCUCCGACAGAUGGAGCGGGAAGGGGUGCUGGUUACCACCGUCACCCUCAACGCUGCCAUAGAUGCGUGCGGAAUCGCCGGAGAGUGGCGCACGUCUCUCAAAAUGCUCAAGGAGAUGCAGUCGGAGGAUUCCCCGCAGUGGCAACAACCUAAUUCGCGAACGUUCAACAUUGCCAUCAAAGCUUGCGCGGAAGUGGCGGAGUGGCACACUGCUCUUGAUCUUUUGGCGGAGUUGCGAGCUGGCCAAGUGAAAGAAGGCGGAGAGCCUCUGGAGGCGGAUACUGUGAGCUUUAACGCCACCAUCAACGCGCUUGGGAGGGGCGGGGAGUGGAAGAAGGCUGUGGCGCUUCUCAGAGAAAUGACGAGAGCGGGGCUUGGCGUGAAGCCGAAUGAGAUAUCAUACAACUCCGCCAUCCACGCGUGCGGUCGAGGAGGGCAAUGGGAGCUAGCAUUGUCUCUACUGAAGGAGAUGCGUGAGCUAGGUCUCUCUCCAGAUCGGAUUAGCUUCGGUGCCAUGGCAAAUGCUCUUGGCACAGCGGGCAAGUGGCCACUAUUGCUCGAGUUGCUGGAAGAGAUGAAGGCAGACGGCAACCCCCCAACUGACGUAGCGUUCAAGGCUGCCGUUGACUGCUGUUCCAAGGCGGGAGAGUGGCGACACUCCGUUGCGUUGAUCAAGGCAAUGCGCGCCGCUGGAUACCCCCCGACCGUGCUGUCCCUUUCAAGCGUCAUCUCUGCAUGCGGGAGGGGCGGGAGAUGGGAGGUGGCACUAGCCCUUCUGCACGAAACGCGAAAGUACGGCCCCUCCGCAUCAGCCUCUGUUUAUGUCGCCACCGCACAAGCAUGCGCGAGAGCAGGGAAGUGGGAGGAGGCGACGAACUUGAUGGAGAUGAUGAAGGUAGACGGUGUCCGGGCGACAGAGAAGUUCUACAUGGCCCUUCUUCGGGCGACAGGAGAAGGCGGCCGCACGGACAAGACGUUGGAGUUUUUCGAGGAGAUGAAAGAGAUCGGCCUGAAACCUGGUGUGAGAAGCUACAACUGCGCGGUUGGGGCGUGUGGCAAGGCUGGCAGCUGGGAGGGUGCAAUGAAAUUGUUGACGGAGAUGCACGAGGAAGGGAUGCGCCCGGCGGGAUUCGCUGUGGCGGCCACCAUUCGCGCAUGCAGUUCCGCGGGGGAGUGGAGGAAAGGCCUCCAAGUGUUGCGGCAGUCGCAGCAAGUGAAACCAUCCAAACCAGAUCCAUGCAGUCUGGGCGCAGCCGUAGAGAUGUGCUGUCGUGCUGGGAAGUUGGAUCACGCGCGAGCUAUCUUGCCUCAUUUGACAGCACUGGCGGGGAACGAAGGAGCCGAUGCUUGGAUACGUGAAACGAUGGGCAUAUUCAACGCUUGCAUAGGCGAUUUGGAAGCGCGAGACGAACCGCCCAUCAACGGAAACGAGGGCGAUGAGCUACGACCACCUGCAAGUGAUGACAAAACCAUCGCCAUCACCGGCGAUUUGAAUACUCACGCAGCCUCAGGGGAGGAGACGAACCAGCAGCGUCGAGGCCGGCCAAAGCUGUCUAAAGGGCCAACAGAGAGAGCUGUGCCAUUCAAAGAGGUCCACCAACUUCAUCCUCUGGGCGGAGCUGUUGGUGGAAAGGUCGGGGAAGCCCGAAGACUGGCGACAGACCAUGCGCCUGACGUCUUGGUCAAGCUAUCGCACGGCGGGAAUGCCACGUGAUACUACGAAUGCUUCAUCGUAUGAAAAGUACUUCUUUGACCCGUGCGCUUGGUUUGCGGCAGGGUAAAGCACUACUAGUGGUUUGCAGCCAGCAUGCCUCGUGAUUUUUACAUACUGUAGGGUGUGCGUGCCAAGGGACGGCUGGAAGCUUGCUCAUUUUGUUUAUUGCAAGUUGCUCUCGAAGGUUGAUGCACUGCAAACCACUUCCCCUGGCCUUGAAUUUGUUGUUCAGGUUUUGAUGGAAUGUCCGUCUUGUAUUUUGGUGACUAUUUUUCGGAAGAUGAUGCGAACUAGAGCUAUCGCAGGUCAUCUUAUCUUGCCCGGGUCUUGCCGUCAGAAUGAACGGUAGAAGGUGCUUUCUUUUUAGUAAAAAACGCUCAUGUGAUUAAUGUCAUGCUGUGCAAAAGGCCUGUCAGCUUAUGUUGAACCAACGUUGAGAUGAGAUGAGACAUGGCCUCGCAAUGUGGUGAGCUUGGGCUCAGCGUAGGCGCUCGAAUGUGUAACGAGAACUCAGCUAGUACCUUGAAGGCUGGACUGUAUGAACGCUCAAUAAAAUAAAUGCGUGGCAUUGUUGUUCUGUUGGCGGGAUGCAGAUGAUUCGAUU